AUGGCGCUGCUCGUCGUCACAGGGCUGCCCAGCUCGGGGCGGUCUACACGCGUCGACGAGCUCGCGCGCUUUCUAGAACCCAAGAUUGCCGACCACGCCACCCUGUCCCAGGUCAAAAUCGUGCGUGGAGAGGACGUGCAUGCCGACUUGAGCGUUUACGAAUGCCUCAAUAUUAAGGGAUCGCGUUACGAGCUGUGCUGUACGUGGCUUGCCCUGUGGAUCUGGGCCGCUCUUGGAACCAAGAACGUCGUGCAGCGGGCCACAUGGCCUACACAGAUACUUGCCGUCUCUUCCUGCUUAGACAAUAAACUGGAGAUUCUUCCAACGCCUCUGGAAGAAAUAUGGGAGGCCCUCACUCAGUCGGCCGUGCAGCCGCCCAAAUCUGUUACCCUUGUGCGCACGCUGGGCACACCCAUGGCCGGGCGCGUGUACCUUCCACUUCCAGCCUACAUGGCUUCGGCCCCCCUUGUGCUGGAUGUACCACCCUUGUCAGCCUUUCCAUCCCCUGCACGCCUGCAAACCAUGCGCCGCCAAUUCGUCCGCAUUUAUGCGAGCAAGGCGGAGCAAGGUGAUGGGCUACCUCUAGCCUCGCAUGAGGCCCCUGAGCGCCACAUCGCUCAGCUCUUCGUAGCCUGGCUACAAGAGUGUAUAGCAUCAAACAAAACUCCAUAG